UCGCUGUGGUUCUGGUUGAUCCAAAAUCACGCGCAAGCGAGCGGACUUAUGGUCAUCCCCGUUCCGUUCGCGAAAUUGACUAUCGUGGCCGUCCAUGGCUUCUUUGUCAUCAACAUAUGGAAACAGGGAACUCACCUUCUUGGCGGUUAUCCUGGCUCUACUGGCAUUCUGUACGUUCUGCUGUUCUCUGAUGAUGAUGCGACUACGACAAUCGCAAACAACCUGGUCUCGGGUGUCUUGGGAUUGGCCGCUGCAUUCGCGGCCGACGUUUAUAUCACGGCUGCCUUAUGUUUCGUAUUGUACGGGCGCCGAACUGGUUUCCAACGUCUAUUCCAACUCGCCGCAUGCAUCUCGUUCGGUGCAUCAGUCAAUACCGCUGUCGUGCCUUGGGCACUGUUCAUCAUCCCAGGAAACUCUGGUGUGCCACAUCUGCACGAUGAAGAGUUCGGUGCGGCUAACUACUCAAACCACAGUCUACGUCAACUCGCUGAUGGCUACGUACGGCAUCCUAUUUCCCACGCGAUGAUGCCAUACUCAGCUCAAGAUAUUAGUUUGAACUUCCGUCACCAUGUCGCUGACAUCGUAUCUAAUAGUCAGAACAACCCUCGAGAGAAUAUGGAGCUGCACAAUGUCUCUGCCCACUCUUUGCCGUCUGUAGCGCCCGAGGUGCUCUUUACCGUUGCGACCCCAACCGUGGUCGGUCUGCAACCCGGCCUCAAUACCACAAGCGAUGCCGCACUCUACGCGCAAACGAAGAUCGAUCUAAUCGACAGCCUCUUCGCCGAUCCCGACAAUGUUCCCUUCGCCCUUAAGACGUCCUUGAUCGGCCAGAGCGUGAUGCAGCGAGCCGCGCUCGGUGGUGUUCUGCUCUCGCGCGCUCAGGACCCUGCUAAGCUGUUUGAAGCUGGCAAGGCCGGCAUGCCCCUACUCAUUUUACAUGGCACCGGAGACAAGAUCAUGAGCGGUGAUGGCGCGGUCAAGGCGCUGACACCGCACUUUUCUGACAUGGAUGUGCGUAUGUACGAGGGCGCUGGCCACGCUUUGUUCCACGACAAGCAGGACGAGGUUAUCACUGAGAUAUUGGUGUUCCUAAAGCGUAUAGGCGUGGGUACUCCUUUUGCGAUCGGGAUGAUACACUCUAAUUGCAUUCAUGCAGGAAAAGACAAAGUGAAUUAUACCCAGUAUAUACCCAGUUCACUUACAGGUCGUGAUUUGUGA